AUGCGUCGCCUGCCUUGCCCGACUCAGCGCGCCCGCUACUCUUCAGGAACCAAGGCCGUCAGAACUGCUGUGUCCCUGUGCACCGCUAUUGGACCCCCUCCCGUCGCCCUCGCAAGAGCAAAGGCAACCCCAAACACGUGCGAUACACGGCCACCACCACCUGCCCUCAUCGCGACCACACGCGUCGCGGCCCUCGACCAGGAUCCAAGCCCAACCAAAACAGAGUCUGGCUCAGUUGCAACGCUGGCGAGAUCCUACCGCGACUUCUCCCUCGACUACGGCCAAGUGCAGGACCACCCGGGAGAAGAAGGACAUUCCUCAAACGUCGACAUCCAACAUGGCCUCCACCAGUACGCCCUGCCGCAGCAGCCCGCUGCGAACCCGUUUCUGCAGCACGCCCCUCCCCACCACCACCAGCUGCACCACCAGCAUGGCGCCCAUCACCACCUCGUCCAGGUCUCGUCCACGCCCGAAGCGCACCCCAAUCUGUACCAGGCCUAUCCAAUCCGCCCCAUGCCGCCCCAGCCGCAGCAGCCUCCCUCGCCCUACGGCCAGCCGUCCCUAGACCCCUACGCCCCGCGCGGCCGCAAGCGCAGCCGCCCGCGCGACGAUCUGCAGCUGGAUCUCCAAGGCCUCCACGCGCUGCACCCCGAGGACGCGCCCCAAGACGUGCCAAUGUCGGCCCUCACGCCCCACGGCCAUCACGCCCACUACUACACGCCGCAGCAGCAGCCCCCGGCCCAGCACCAUCACCACCGCCUGCCCAACACCGCCCCGCCGCACAAGCUGCACCGCGGCAGCUACGGCAGCGACCAGUCGCCGCCCUCGACCUCGCACGGCCCGCCCAGCGUCGUCGGACAGGAGGGCAUGCCUCCGCCCGCCCCGCGACCGCGCGGGCCCAAGCUGAAGUUCACUCCGGAGGACGAUUCGCUUCUAGUCGAGCUGAAGGAGAAGAAGAACCUCACCUGGAAGCAGAUUGCCGAAUUCUUCCCGGGCAGGAGCUCGGGAACCCUGCAGGUGCGGUACUGCACCAAGCUCAAGGCCAAAACAACCGUCUGGACCGACGAUAUGGUCCAGAAACUCCGCAAUGCCAUGCAGGAGUACGAGAACGACAAAUGGCGCAUCAUCUCUGCGAAGGUCGGCAGUGGCUUUUCGCCAGCAGCAUGUCGCGAUAAAGCGGCAGAACUAGACGGCACGAUUCCCGCUUCUGAAGAGGAUCCCGAGCCGUUGCCGCAAGACACGGAGGAGGGCGGCGCCAGCAGCAGUUUUGCCCAAGAGAUGGUCAGCAUGGCCGGCGGGAGCGACCCUACCGUAGCGUUCCAGUAG